GGUCUCAAAUAUUACAUUCUGACCCGUACCCGGCUUGAUAGUUUGCCGCUUUUGCUACUCGUUGAAGUUGGGGAUGAUUGUUCGACCCUCUCCAAUCCCCCAACGUAUCCUGCGAUUAGCAUAUUCCAGCUCUACUUUCCAAAGAUCUUCAAUGUCUAAUGAUUGCCAGGGGAUAUGAGAGAUUAGGAGCACAUCAUCUUUUGAACCUUGGCUUGAAUUUGAAGUUUAAUGUUAAGAACUCGAUCAAACAAUUUCACAUGGAAAAUAUUCAAAGUGGAAGCUAUUCAAGGGGUGCUUUGGUUGUCUUCGAAGGGCUGGAUCGUUGUGGAAAGACAUCACAGUCUAGCAGAUUGUUAAAAUACUUGGAUGAAACUGGGCACUCCGUUCAGUCAUGGAGAUUCCCUGAUAGAAACACCUCUACUGGGAAAAUGAUAUCUUCUUAUCUUUCCAACCAGUCUUAUUUGGAUGAUCAUGCUAUUCAUCUCCUUUUCAGUGCCAACCGCUGGGAGAAGAGGUCAUUGAUGGAAGAAGCUCUGAAGAGCGGAACUACUGUCAUUGUAGAUAGAUAUUCUUAUUCCGGGGUGGCUUUUUCAUCUGCAAAGGGACUUGAUAUCCAAUGGUGUAUGGCUCCUGAUAUAGGAUUGCUUGCUCCAGAUCUGGUAUUGUUUCUUGACAUUUCACCUGAGAUAGCAGCUAAAAGAGGAGGUUAUGGUGGUGAGAGGUAUGAGCAAUUGGAAUUUCAAAAACAGGUUGCCCAAUCAUACCAGGUCCUUCAGGAUUCAUCAUGGAAGGGGUGGACUUGGAACCGGAAUUGAAGGGAUUGGACCGUACUGGCACAGUGGCACCAGGAACCGCUCCAAACCGGGUGCAGUUCCGGUUCCUCUUAACUGGGACCGGACCGGUUAGGUUUAUUAUUACGGAGUAAUUUAUUACUGCGUAUUAUUGUUAUUGUUUUAAAAUAGGGUAUUUGGACCCGUUUGGGACCUGAACCGGGUUUCACCCGGAAAUCUUGCUUCCGGUUCCACUUCCGGUAAGGGAAUAUCGGACCGGGAGCUGGUCCGGAACUCUGGAACAUUAUUGUAGCUCCAGUAUGUGGCAAUGUUGAGAAAAUUGGACUUGUCACCAAAGUGGAAAAGCCAACAGAUCAAUGGUAAAAGUGUAAAACAGACUCAAUUCGGUGGAGGUCAUGAUUCCUUUUGUUUGGG